AUGGAUCAUCUUAUUGGCAAAAACCCUGUUCUAUGGGGAGUAAUUCUAGAUGGACCAACAAUAACUAUGAAAACUGCAACUGAUGGAGUCACCAAAAUCCCAAAGGAAAGAAAAGAAUGGAAUGCUGAACACAAGCUCGCAAUCUAUAACAAUGCCAAAGCAAAGAAAAUUCUUAUCUGUGGCAUAGGACUAGACGAACACAAUCGAAUCUCAUCUUAUCAAGAUACCAAUGCCAUAUGGGAAACAUUACAAACCUCUCAUGAAGGAAAAAUGCAAGUCAAGAAGUCCAAAAUUGAUUACUUGAAUAGACAAUAUGAAUUGUUCAAGAUGGCGGAAGGGGAGACCAUACAAGACAUGCACACCAGGUUCACUUAA